UUUUUUUUUUUUUUUUAAAUACAAACCUGCGUAUUGAUUUUUAAACAAACAAACAAACCAAUCCCCCCGCACACUCGCCUGCCUCUGGGAGGGAAAUAGCCAGGUGGAAUCUCACUCUGUUUCCAUGGACAACCCGUCCAUUAUCACCCAGGUGACUAACCCCAAAGAGGAGGAGAUCCUGUCCUGCACUCAGGAUAAAGUGUCCCAAUGUAAUAUCAGCUUGAAGAAGCAGAGGAGUCGAAGUAUCUUUAGCACCUUAUUCUGCUGCUUUCGUGACUACAAUGUCGAACCACCAUCUACCAACAGCACCAGUGCUCUUCCUCCUUUGGUGGAGGAGAAUGGAGGACUUCAGAAGGGUGACCAGAUGCAGGUCAUGCCUAUACCAAGUGGAAUAUACUAUUUCCACGGGACUGAAGCAGUGCAGCAGUCGUUUCACUACAAGCCACCAGCUAAAUACCUCCUGCCAGAACUGACAGCAUCAGACUAUGGGAAGAAGUGUGUGGUCAUUGAUUUAGAUGAAACUUUAGUGCACAGUUCAUUUAAGCCAAUUAGCAAUGCUGAUUUCAUCGUUCCUGUUGAAAUUGAUGGAACCAUACAUCAGGUUUAUGUAUUGAAACGACCACACGUGGACGAGUUUCUUCAGAGGAUGGGAGAGCUCUUUGAAUGUGUACUCUUCACAGCCAGUCUAGCCAAGUAUGCAGACCCAGUAGCCGACUUACUGGAUCGCUGGGGUGUGUUCAGGGCAAGGCUCUUUAGAGAAUCCUGUGUUUUCCACCGAGGAAAUUAUGUGAAGGAUCUGAGUCGACUGGGACGUGAGCUGAGUAAAGUUAUUAUAGUAGAUAAUUCUCCUGCAUCUUACAUCUUCCAUCCUGAAAAUGCAGUGCCUGUGCAGUCCUGGUUUGAUGACAUGACAGACACAGAGCUGCUAGAUCUUAUUCCUUUCUUUGAAGGACUAAGCAAAGAGGAAGAAGUUUACAGUAUGCUUCAUAAACUCUGCAACAGGUAGCCCAUAACUUUGACUGACUUCUGCUACUAGGUUGCAGUUGCUAGAGGCUGUCUCCAUCUUUUUCAGCUCUUUCAAAUGUAAGCUUUUGGGAGGUCACCUCUGUCAGAAGUGCUACUCUUGAUCUUCCUGUUACAUUGGACACAAAGGACAAUCAUGAGUGAUGCUAUUAAGCCUUCAGAAGCCUGACUCCUAAGGUCAUGUGUUCAGACUACUUUUCUAAAGGAAAAAAAAAAAAAAGAAAAAAAAAAGAAGCUAUUUUAAAUGGGACUCUUUUAAUGAAUUUCAUAAAUGGACAUCUUUUACUGGAUCAGCUUUUCUUAAAACAUGCCAAAAAAAGAAGCUUGUAUUUCAGCAGUUGAAUUUCUCUCCCUUUCUUCCCCUCCCACUAUGCAGACAAUUUUACCCCCCUGCUUAGAGCAGUUGACCUGACUCUGAAUUUUUUCUUACAGAAUGAAGUGCCUUUUUGAAUGUUAUUUUAAGAUAAAAAAUUCAUUUUUGUAUAAGACGUAUUUCCAGACAUCUUUUAGUCUUGUAUUGUCUAAAUGCUUUAAAAGGAAAAAGGAAAAAUUUUAUAGAGCACUGUAAUAUAUAACAAAGGAAAAAGUUGAAACAAAGAUGCUGGGUUCCUGUCUCCACAACGACAUUAAGUUGUGUUCCAUUUUGUCAUGCUCAGAAGGUUUAAGCGUUUGUGGGAGGGGUGAUUUGGGUUAAUGACAUGGUUGUUUCACUGAUAGGAUUUUGGGCACAGUUUUGAACAUAUCUGCAGUUGUUUGAGUAUUAGGGAAUGAUGGAAUUGAGAAAAUAAGGUGGCUAAUAGAUCUAAAGCACCUUCUAUUCUAGACAGAUGAAGUUCUGUUGUCUCUGCUUACGCACAACUGCCAUGCCUCUUGUUUUUUUAGAAGACCAUUAUCUUGGGAGAGUGGGGAGGAGAUCUAUUUAUUAGUUAAGACUCUUUUCUUGAAAAAAACAAAAACAAACCCAUCUGGGUAAGCUGGAUCUGUAUUGAGCUGUUUGGAGUACUUUUUUCUUUUAAUUGCUGCUACUGUAUACUCACCAAAUGGAGUUGACCAUCGGCUGUUAUACUGUUUUUGCCACUGUGCCUGUGCUAUGAAAAAUUUUCUGUAAGCUGCAGACUUGGGCAAUAAACAAAAUGCAGGCUUCAUAACCCACCCCUACGUAUCAAUCCAAGGUACCUGAUGUACCAGAGAACUCUGCUCAAGGUGACCUG